AUGUCUCUAAUUGUCACGCUGCUGGUGGUGACUUUGGCUGCUCAGUGUUGGACUUCCCCACAGCAGAGAAACUGGACUCCUCAGGCCAUCUUAUACCUAACGGGAGCACAAGGACAUCGCUCAGUUCUGCAGCGCCCCAGCAGAGAGGAAGGAGACACCUUACACUCAGUGACUCACAGAGAUGGACCGGGUUUGAAUUUGUCCUCCUUGUUUCUGGAGCUUCUGCUGCGAGCUGUGGACGAAGCUGCAGGCAAUCCAGAUAAUUACCCAAAUGAACAACAGCUGAAUCUAAAUGACUUGUGA